UUACUUCGCUACGUACCGAAGUGACCCAUCACUAAACAUCAUGAAAGCCUUCGUAGCGUGCAUAGCCCUCGCGUUGGUGGCGUGUGCCAGCGGUGAAGCCCCGGGCGGCUACAACUACAACCGGCCAUCCGGCGGCGGACACGGCGGUUUCUCCGGCGGACUCAGCGGCGGCGGUGGCUACCAGGCCGUCUCCACCGGCUACCAGACCUCCGAGGGACAGAACGUCGACCCCCAACUCCUUGAGCAAAUCCGCUCCAUCCUUCUCAGAGAAGAGGCUUCCUCCGGUUCCAUCGGUGGUGGUCACGGAGGACACGGAGGCGGUGCCCCCUCCUCAUCCUACGGAGUGCCCUCAUCUUCCUACGGAGCUCCAUCCACCAGCUACGGCGUCCCAUCUGCCCGCGUCGUCGGAGUCGUGCUUGAGGGAGUCCGCCAGGCCAUCCAGGUCGCGCAAUACGAGCAGCAGUCAUCCACCGGCGGCGGCUACCCCGCGGCCAUCCCCUCCGGCAGCUACGGCGCUCCUUACUAAAUUAACUAAAAUAUCCGAACUUGUCAAGUACAUUUAGACGUGCAGCAACAUCAAAGAUUAAAAACUUAGGAAGCGUCUAGAUGCCGUAGUCACAUAAAGUUCGGAUGGUCGACGUUAUUCGGGCUGGCUCGCAACAUCCCCGAGCAGCUCGAAUGUGUAUUCGAAUCGGCCGGCGGUCACGUACAAUGUAGGUGGCGCCGGCCUGGCCCUCGUCACCGCCCUGGCCAACGCUUGCGACUGUGCACGCACACGGGUGAACAUGUCCCAGCGGCUAACCAGUCACUGGCAGCGGACUGUGACAGCUGUCACUUCUGUCAUGCUGACAGGUUGACAACUGGCACGUCAUGCUGCGAAGCGUGAAGUGGAUAGCCGCUGGGUUUGGAUCACAUCUUGUAUAAAGUUUAUCGUAAGGUUAGCUUAUUUUUAUUAUUAAGUUUAUGUUUUUAUUUUACAAAAAAGAGAAAAUAAAUACAUUUUGACACCGUAAA